AUUCAUAACAACCCUACAAUUACUCCAACUCCCUUUCUCUUCCUCCACCACUCCACCACGGAAGCGUAAACGCCUCGAUCACCAUCGAAGAAAACCUAGGGCGCCGCCAUGGAUCGCCACCACCCCGUCGACCCUCCUCCUCCUCCUCUCCACCACCACCACCACCACCACCACCAUGGCGGAGGCGGCGGAGGCCGAUCCAGGUACGAGUACGAACCCUACCCUCCGCCGCCACCUCCUCCUCCUCCUCCUCCUCUUCCUCACCCCCAUCCCCAAUUCCUCGAUUCCAAUCACUACUCCCACCCCCACCAAUUCCUCCCUCCGCCGCCGCCUCCUCCCCCGCCGGAGGCGGCGCCGCCGCUCCUCCGGCACCACCGCCACGGCGGAGACGACGGGCGCCCCUACUUCGCCUACCAACCCUCCCACGAUCCCUUCCCCCAUCACCCUCCUCCGCCGCCUCCGCAGCCUCCUAUCCCCAGAGCACCCGAUUGCGUGCCCUAUCCUCGCGAAUUCGACCACCCUUCCCCGUCCCUUCGCCGUCCGGCUCGCGAGGAGGUUUCGCCCCGGGAGUUCUGGGGCGGCGGCGGCGGUUUCGAGAGGGCUAGGGCGCGAUUAGAGUGGGAGCAAGACGAAAGGCGGCGUCUUGCUUUGUCUUAUAGGAGCGGCGAUCAGUAUAUUCCUGAGAGCGUGGAGGCAUUCGCCUUUGGCCGGAAGCGGCUCCGAAGAGCUCAAGAUUGCGAGGUCGAGGAGGGUUUGGGGAUUUUCUAUGGUACUGCGAGAGGAGGAGAAGGAGAUGUUAAUGGAUGGCAGCCGCACGCUCUGCGGCCGUCCCCGCCAAUGUGGUCUUCGGCGCAUUCUUACAACGCCACGAAUCAUGACUCUGAGAAGAAUGUGAGAGCUGUUUUUGAUGCCCGCCUCCUUGAGAAUGAUUACUUUGCGAGCAAUAAGGGGAAGAGGAAGAUGCCCACUGGAGGCAUGGAUGCCCCCGUGAGUUCCCCUUGGAAGAGGCCUCCAAAGAAACUUAGUGCACUGUCGAGAAUCCAAUCGGGAAUAUCUGUUUGGAAUAGGAUCGAAGAGAAGCCCUCGGCUUCAUCCUCUCCUCCUUUGCCGCCUGCACAGCCUCCUCAAUUCUCUCCCACAAGUUUUUCAUAUGAGAACCAAUCGGAGUUUGAGGGUUUGGAUUUGUCAUUUAAAUCUGACGCCUUGGUGGCCAAGGUCUUAGUUUCCCCAAGCGCACUUGCAACCAGCUUUAACAAAGGGAGCCCCAACGUAAGAAUGACGAAGAAGAAAGUUACUAAAGCGAAGAAGGUAGUGAAGAAGAGUCACAAAGUAGUUUUUCCCGUAGUUUCUGAUUCACCGGGUUCUAGUGUUAAGGAAGGAACUUGCGCCAAGAGGGGAAUAUCAAUCAGUCCCAUCAAAUGUUUAAACCAUUCAGAAGAAACAGAAAAGGCGGUAUCUUCCUCCGCUAUGCCUGUUGAAGUUGCUUGUCCUAAGCCUUCUUCAGAAAAUGUCAAGAAAAUGCCAGAGACUUCUGAAAGUAGAAUGGAGGAAUUUAGAGGAGAAGCUAACGGAUAUUUUGAAAACAGGAUUGAUGAAGAACCAAAUGCAGAGAUAUGUGAAGUAGGGUUUGCUACUACAGCAGCUGAUACUGAGAAGACUAUUGCUGAUAGAUCUAUUAGUGUUGUUGAUGUAACCGAAGGUGGUAUUUGUAAUAAGAAAGAUAGUAAGACUAAUGGGUCCAAAAUGAGGAUUGAUGGUGAAUCGAAUUCACAGUUAUGUAAAGUAGGUUUUGCUACUGCAGUGGCUGAUAUUGAGAAGACUGCUGCAGAUGAAUGUACUAGUGUUGUUGAUGUAGUUAAGGAUAGUAGAUGUAAUGAGGAAGAUAGUAAUGCUGAUGGGAAUCCAAUUCUGGACAUAGUAGUUGAUGAGGAUACUAAUACUAAUUUUCUAGAUGUGACAAACGAGGAAGUUGUUACAGUGGCGUCACCCAAUAAUGACACUGCUGAGAGUUCAUCUAAGGUUGUUGUUUUGUUUGAUAAUCUCAUGGAUGAGGAUUACCAAAUUUCUAAGGGGACUAAUGAGUGUGAAAAUGCUCCACAUCGUGAAAAUGCUUUUGACAUAUCUGUGUGUUCUUCAUUUGCGUCAGGGAUUGCUAAGCAAGAUAUCACUUUGUCUGCUCCCUUAACUUCCAUCUCUAGUGUAAACUAUCUCGAAGAUGAGAAUACUGAAAGUAAGAGGCAGAGAGAUGAAACACAUAAAUUGGAGGCUGGGAUGGUGAUGAAUGAUUUUGCAAGUAUUGAGAAGGGAAAGAGCAUGAUUUCACUCCUAGAAGUCAAAGAUACAGUUAUGGAUCAGGAUUUGUAUGCUGGUUCUUUUAGCGGAGAAGACAAUAGUAUUAGGAUGCAUGUCAAAAAUGUCACUGCCUCAUCUGAUUAUUUGAUGUCUGGAGACUACAUUGCUGAUGUUUCUAACUUGAAUGUAACUACUAUUUCUGGCGUAGAGUUUGCUCACGACUUUCCAAAUGUUCAAGCUGUUUUGGACUGUGUAAAUGUAGAAGAAGAACAACCAUUUUCUCAUAUAGCAGAUAAUACAGGCUGCAAUAGUAAUGAUAAUGCUAGCAAGUUACCAGUGAAACCAAUUUCCAACGACAUAGUUUUACCUUCUGUUGGAUUCAUAUCCAAAGAGGAAGAAAGUAUGAAUACCGGAAGAGUUAUGCUACCUCACUUCACUUUACAAGAGGAAGCAAAGCUUUUGACUCGAGAGGAAUCAAAAACUCAAAUAACACUUGAUUCCAAAACAGGUGGUCGAGAGGAAUCUAAUUUCCAGGAUGCAGCUGUGAGUUCUUCAGUUCGUAAGAUUCUUCCAAGUAGGAUGAGUUUAGCAAAUUCUCACGUAAAUCAAAAUGUUAGACACAGGACAUGGCACCGUGACAAUACAUUAUCUUCUGCUUCAUCCUCACAUGGGAAUCUGCAGCAUGCAGCAGGAAGUUCAUUUUCUAAGCUGUCACCUAGGAAGUUCGGAAAGCUUCAGAGUUCUUACAUACGUAAAGGUAACAGUCUUAUUAGAAAAUCAGCCACCAAACUUCCUCUUCCCCAUUCUUCUCUUCAUUUGGCCCCAAAUAGAUCAACUAAUCAUGCGGUGAAUAAGAGCCCAAAUUUUGAGAACAGAACUGGUUAUAAUGAUAAUGCGGCCUCUUCUAAUCCUUCAUUUGAAAGGCCCAAAACACCUCCUUUACCUCUUGCCACUAAGUUAGCUAUUUGUAGUACUGAUACGUCAGAGGAUGCUUCUCAGCCAUUUUCAGAGAGCACUUUUCCCAUGUCUGGUGUAGAAGAGCAGGUUAAUCAAAUUAUCAAGAGCGCUAAUAACUCAGAGCCCUCUAGUAGAACAGGAAUGGUAUAUGUGAAAAGAAAAUCAAAUCAGUUGGUUGCUGCCCCGGUGCCUAAAUUUGACACUUCAUCCAACCGUUCCUUGGAGAAGAAUCAAUUUCCUUCAUUAAUCUCUUCAGAUCUAUACUACAAGAAGAAAAAGAAUCAGCUCAUCCUGAAUUCUACUCCGUCUGAAAGUCAGAAUAGAAAAGAUGUUCUUUCUGCUGAUAGUUCAAAGUCAGACGAUCAUAGUGAUUCAGUGGCUCCCUCCCUGAGUGACAGCCAAUUCAAGAAAAAACUAGAUAAAGCCCCUGAGAAGACAAAUAAAGUAGCAAGUUUCUCUCAUGUGUGGACACUUAGUGGGCGACAACCACAGAAAAAUGCAAUUACAACAAUCAAUCAUGCGAAGAUUCUUCCACAAUUAUUUCCAUGGAAGAGAACAACAAAUUGGAAGAAUUCUGUGAGGAACAGAUUGCCGAUGCUUAGCAAGAGCUCCUUAUCGCUAAUCAGCCGUAAUUUACUGGUUGCUAGGAAAAGGGAUAUGAUCUACAAACGGUCAACUGACGGGUUCUCUAUACGAAAAGCUGGGGUUUUAGGCAUAGGUGGUUCUAGUUUAAAAUGGUCAAGAUCUAUUGAGCGACGCUCAAAAAAGGUUAAUAAGGAAGCUACAUUAGUUGUCGCUGAAGUUGAGAGAAAGAAAAGAGAGAAACGGAAGCGUCAAUCUCUUCAUAAAUCUGAAAAAGAUAAACAAUCUUGUUGUGCUACUGGUCAACAACCAACAAACAGUAGUCAAACAUCUGUAGUACCAAGGAGAUUAUUAAUUGGAAAUCAUGAAUAUGUAAGCAACGGUAACAAACUUGUAAGAGAUUCAAAGAAACUCAUCCGCAUUCUGGCAAGUGAGAAAGUUCGAUGGAGCUUACACACUGUUAGAUUGCGCCUCGCCAAAAAGCAGCAGUAUUGCCAAUUCUUCACCCGGUUUGGCCACUGCAGCAAAGUUGGUGAGAAGUGUCCAUAUAUACAUGAUCCUGCUAAAGUUGCUAUUUGCACUAGGUUUCUUAGAGGCAUGUGUUCUAACACCAAUUGCAAGCUGACUCAUCAGGUCCUUCCUGAGAGAAUGCCAGAUUGUUCCUAUUUUUUACAAGGAUUGUGUACAAAUACAAGCUGUCCUUACAGGCAUGUAAAGGUGCACUCAAAUGCUUCUAUUUGUGAUGGCUUCCUUAGGGGAUAUUGUGCUGAUGGCGAUGAGUGUCGCAAAAAGCACAGUUAUGUGUGUCCCCUCUUUGAAUCGAACGGAGAGUGCCCGCAAGGAUCUAAAUGCAAGCUUCAUCAUCCUAAGAGAAGAAAUAAGCACAAGAGAAGAAAAACAGCUGAAGUCCAAAGCAACAGUACUGGGCGCUACUUUGGUUCUACUAUUACCAGUAUUGCUGAGCCGCUUGCAAUUUCCACAGUUGAGAAUGACACAGAAGAUGUCGGGGAGCUCCUCUUCUCUAGCGGCCAAGUUGCCGAUUAUAUCGGCCUUGAUGUUGCUGAUGGUGAGGGGGGCACAGACUGUAAUGCUCCAAGGGGUUUCGAGCCGAUCCAUGCUAAUUCUGAUUGCUUGGACCUGCUGCCGAUGGAUAAUCUCGAUGCUUUCAUGAAGCCGAUUCGGAUCAUGAGAACGCCCAGUUGAUUGAUUCUUUGAUUGGUCCUUCCGUAUUUUCGGUUCCCAUUGUUUGACAAAAUCAAUUCUCCUAUACUUUUGUGCUUUUCUUUGUUUGUUCCUUCUUUGUUUUCAGGUGAGAUAGAUUGGUUUUGGGUGUAGAUUCUUGCUCUCUUCGUCUGUGGCGAUCGGCAUGGCUGUGGCUGAAGCGGGCUGGAGAACCAGGUAUGUGUUGUAGUACAGAUGUUGUAAUGGUUCAAAGGUUACAGGUUACAGAGUAAAAAAGACACGGAGUGAGAGAGAGAGAGAGAUAGAGAGAGAGAGAGAGAGAGAGAGAUUGUAUCCAGAGAUGUAUAACUUAUAUAGUGAAUAACAAAAGAAAAGAUGUAAAGAAUUGUUCUUCUAAUGAGGAAAUAGGAAAAGGUAGGAAAGGUUUAUUUCGAAUU